UGCUCGGCGUGGGGGCGGGGUGCUGGAGAGCCAGGCUGGUGCGGCACAGCUGCGAGCUCUCGGGGUCUACGGGUCCGGCUGAGAUGGAGGCAUGCAGCGGCCGGCCGCCCGCUGGGGAAGGUCAGGAGAGCCAGCUUCGCCGGGGCAGCGACGGGCCGGUCCCCCGGGAGGAGCUCACGCCGGCGGGAAUGAGUCAGGGUAAACAACAGUGCCACCUUGACAGGCAAGAAAGAAACGGAAAGAAAGCUGUCGUCUCCAGUCCCAGUGAUUUCAGCGACCCAGUGUACAAAGAGAUUGCCGUCACCAAUGGUUACAUUAAUCGGAUGAGUAAGGAAGAGCUCCGAGCUAAACUUUCAGAAUUCAAGCUGGAAACCAGGGGCGUGAAGGACGUUCUCAAGAAGCGUCUCAAGAACUACUACAAGAAGGAGAAGUUGACCCAGCAGCGGGAGGAUGGCGAUGCCGGCGGCUACUAUGACUACAUCUGCGUCAUCGACUUCGAAGCCACCUGCGAGGAGGGCAACCCCCCUGAGUUCACUCACGAGAUCAUUGAGUUCCCAAUUGUCUUAUUGAACGCGCACACGCUGGAGAUCGAAGACACCUUCCAGCAGUACGUGAGGCCAGAGAUUAACACGCAGCUUUCUGACUUCUGCAUCAGCCUCACAGGAAUUACACAGGAGAUGGUGGACCGAGCCGACACCUUCCCUCAGGUGCUCCGGAACGUAGUGGACUGGAUGAGGCUGAAAGAACUUGGAACUAAGUACAAGUACUGCAUCCUGACAGAUGGUUCAUGGGAUAUGAGUAAGUUCCUGAAUAUUCAGUGUCAAAUCAGCAGGCUCAGAUACCCUUCUUUUGCCAAAAAGUGGAUCAAUAUUCGAAAGUCAUAUGGAAACUUUUACAAGGUUCCGAGGAACCACACCAAGCUGACCGUCAUGCUUGAGAAGCUGGGCAUGAGCUACGACGGGCGGCCCCACAGCGGCCUGGACGACUCCAAGAACAUCGCCCGCAUCGCCGUGCGCAUGCUCCGCGACGGCUGUGAGCUGCGCGUCAACGAGAAGAUGCAGGGCGACCAGCUCACCAGCGUGUCCUCCUCUUCGCCUGUAGAGGGCGCCCCCGCCCCACAGAUGCCCCAUUGCCGGAAUUAGCAGCCGAGGGCCGUGGCCUCCUGGGUGGUGACUCCCAGCUUGGGUUGCUGCCGUUGGUUGAGCUGAUUCUGCAGUGCAAAAUGCAAGCACCUUAGACAUGUGAAACUUUUAUUACAGAUAUAUAUGCAUAUGUGUGUAUUUUGUUGAACAAAUAUAUAUGUAUAUAUGUGUCUGUAUAUAUAUUUGUUGAACAAACAGCAGAUGGGGAGGGAGUUUUGGAAUUCAAUGCCACCAGCACUUUUAGUUCUUAAAGUAUUGUUAAACAGUCCUCAUGUACGUGUUUGUGUGUGAGCGUAUGUAUACGUUGUCGCGCUCACACAGACGUGUGUGUGUGCGUGUGUGUGUGUGUGUGUGUGUGUGUAUAUAUUAUAUAUAUAUAUAUCUCUGGAUGUUCCUUUGUGGAAGUGAACUUGACCAUUCGCGAAUACAAGGUUCCCAGCCUGCGUUCGGGUAGGCUCGUCCUUAGCCAACGUGCGCUCCCUCCCCGGGCAUUCUUGCGUUCCUGUCUCAGCGUCUGACUCAGGUGUCCUGGACCACAGGGAGGAAGGCCAAGGUCAGGAGUUGGAUGGCAGGCCACCCUCAGACCGAUGCACGUGGCACAGUCACUCACCAAGGCACUGGUACAGUUAGAAGAGGUUCAGUUUCUUGGGGGAGGGGUGGGGCAAAAUCAGGUCAGGUCACGGGAUCUGAUGAAAAAUUUACUAAUUAAUGCAGAUGACUGACAAAGGAAAGAAAAUGGAGUUUGGGGAAAAUCACAGAAAACAUAACUUUAUUUUUAUGAAGGUUAUGUUCUUAGGCCUUUUUUCCCCUGCCACACAGCGAUGGCCUGAAAGUUUGUGAAAUCGAGUAAAUGAUAAGGAGAUAGGAGGCCUGCUUAACUGGAAUUAGUCUUGAAAAUCAAACGUCACCAUUCGUGUUCAGCACAGCCAAGAAGGAGAAUAAUGUCGAAUAAUGUGUCCCACUCCAUUUUAUGUUUGUAGGAGAGUGAGGAAUUCUUAGCAUGAGAAGGUCCUCAGAGAUCGCUGGCAUCCCUCACGGUGCAGGGAAGGAGGUUUGACCGCGUGACUUGUCAGUUGCUGCCACCCCGCUUGCUGCAGUGUGGGAAGUGUGUGGUCACGCUUGUUUCCAGUGUGUUGUAGAUAGGUCAGUUGAUGCUGAGACAGGAAAAGAUGGCUCUUUUCACUUCUCUCCAAAGAAAACCCUCGAAAGGUGGAGAAAGGAGGAUGUUUCACCUCGAGGCACAAACCUGGUUUGGAUGUAUUUAGAGACUUCUUCUCACUGCUUCUUCCUGGAGCCCAGCUUCUCUAGUGGUCUUCAUUUGAACGGGCUGGGCACCCCCAAAAGAGGCCCGUUAGGGGAGGCCUCAGCAGCUGUGGAGCAGUGCGAGGGGGAGGAGGAGAGAUGCUCUGGCUGUUUGCAGGGUGGGCGCGUUUGCUCAGUAUUGACUGACCUACGUCAAGGAGUGCACCUUUAUGGCAUUCUUUAGUCUGCUGCAUUGUAUUAUGUUUUUAUUUUUAUUUUAACUUGAAAAUAUGCCCUUUAUUUAAAGACCUCUGGGUACUUAUGCAAGGGUGUACUUGAUCAGAUGUUUAUUCUUUUUGCCUUUGGGGCAGGGGCAUGCGGUUGUUCGUGUUGCAGAAGGCAUACACCACAUUGCUUUAGAAAAGCCAAUGUGGAUCAGCUCUGAAAGCAGUCAGAUCUCACUGUUGCCAGUUUGUUUCCUUUCCCUUUCCAAGGUCCUUUUAAAAACGCCCCCCAGAUUUUGGGGAGUCCUUUGUUUUUGCCUUGUUCAGAAUGCUGACCCCUUUAAAGUCACCAUGCUGUUAUCGCAUGGGCCUCUCCCUCGGGCUUCAGAAGGUCAUGCUCUGUCUCUGCUUUGCUGGCCAAGCCAAAUAUUGAUUUAGUUUGGACACCGUGUACCCUCCCAGCCUCUCUCGGAGCCGCUGUUCUGUGGAAUGACAGCCCCUCCUGUCCCUCAUCAAGACCAUCUUCAGUUCCGUCGGGAAGACCGGCACUUCGAGAGUUCUUGAGUUCAUUCCGUUUUGUGGUGGGCAUUCCUUUUUUCUCACUGGCCACUCUCAGACUGAUGCCUUUCUGGUGUCCAGGCAUGCACCUUAGAAGCAGCUCCAGAAGAAGUGUUUUAUAAGUGGCCUUUGCCUUGAUUUUCCUUUGAGUCAUCUCUGAUCGACAAUGCUUGAAAUGCCUGUUUAUCCUUGUAUCUGUUAGACCAGCGGUUUUUCGCUUUCCCACUUGGUUCAAGCCAGAAAUCGCUGCGAGUGCCAAGCGACCCGCUAGUAUGGCUCGUCUGUGGUGCCCUUUGGUACUUAGACUGUGGUGCGGCUGUCCGGGCCAAAGCCCCCAACCAGUUACUUUACGGACUUUCACUUCUGUUACUUUCUCCACGACCAAAGUGCCUAAAGAGAGCAGCCGCGGAUGGGGCUGCCUGAGGGGGCCUUCUGGAGCCGGCCCGAUGCUGGCGGGGCUCGGAGGGUGUGAUCGUUAAGUGGAGGGAGGGGCAUAGUGGAGGGGACCAAGCAGCAGUGGUGAGGGGGAGCUGCGCAACCAGAGAGCUUGCUUACCACCUUCUUGUACCCGGCACUGCCUGCUUUCUCGGCUUUGUCUUCGAUAUGUGAAAGUGGGGCUGUUGUCUUU